AUGCGCAUUUUUACUGUCGCAUUGUACUUCAUUUCAUAUGCUGUUCAUGUCGACAUGUUGGCUCUCCCUGUGGGCUGGACCAGUGAUAGUGAUGACAGUGAUAAGUUUGAGUGGGACAAUGAUGGUGUGGCUGAGCCCUCAUCGGCUCCGGCUAUGAGGAACUUCGAUUCUCCUGGCCCAUCCACGCUUGGUUCUAAUGAGUGGAUCAACGGGGAAGUGCUGCCUACUUCUUUGAUCGAGCGAUAUGUGGUAAUGGGCUUCCCCAAAGAGAUGGUCAUGAAGAGUAUUAAGGAGAUUGGACAUAGUGAUGCAGAUGCACUGCUCGAGCUACUGCUCACAUAUAAGGCACUAGAUGACGAUGAUGCAGGGGGUAAUAAUCACUCUACUUCUGGCUGCAUCCUCCCUGUUGUUGAAGAUGAUGAUGAUCUUGAUUUUGAGAACUGGGAUGGCGAUGAUGAUGCUGGUGGUAGAGAGUCAAGCUCUGAUGAUUCUGGUUAUGAGGAUUUUCUGCGAGAGAUGUCAGAGAGGGAUGAGAAGAUCAAGUCAUUGGUAAACAUGGGCUUUUCUGAAGAUGAAUCAAAUGAGGCUAUUAUAAGAUGUGGUGUGGAUGCUGAUAUCUGUGUAUUAGUUGAUUCGGUUAGUGCAUCUCGGGUCGCAGAAGAUUGUCAUUCCAGAAACUUAUCUGACCAUCAGGUUACAGACAGAUGCUUCAAUUCCUUUGGAGGCAGAAAGAAAGCAAGAUUGAUGGAAGAGAGCAGGAAAAAGAGGAAGAGGUAUGGGGGUGGAGGACAAGGCAAUCGACCUUCCUUGGAUGGCAGCGAUGAGGAUUCAAUGCCUCUACCAAAUCCAAUGGUUGGAUUUAACCUGCCUGGUUACAGUGGACCAUCAGUGACCCGAAUGCUUUCUAAACUAGAUACCGGACCACCUUUUUUCUAUUACGAAAAUGUGGCCCGAGCUCCAAAAGCUGCAAGGAAAAGGGGUUACAUCCACAAUUUGCCAAUUGAGAACAGAUCGCCUCUUCUUCCUCUGCCCCCAAAGACAAUAUUUGAGGCAUUUCCUCAUUACAAGAAGUGGUGGCCUUCCUGGGACACGAGAACACAUCUCAAUUGCUUACAAACAUGUGUAGCAAGUGCAAAGCUGACAGACCGGAUCCAGCGCGCUCUUGUAAGCUCAAGCAAUCCGCCGACAAAAAGUGUUCAAAAAUAUGUCAUGGACGAGUGCAAAAAAUGGAAUCUUGUCUGGGUUGGGAAAAACAAGGUUGCCCCAUUGGAGCCUGAUGAGAUGGAAUAUAUACUUGGUUUCCCAAGGGACCACACAAGGGGGGUUGGCAAGACACAGCGAUACAAGUCUCUCGGCAACUCAUUUCAAGUUGAUACAGUUGCUUACCACUUGUCAGUGCUGAGGCGCAUGUUUCCCAAUGGUGUUUGUGUGCUGUCCUUAUUCACCGGUAUUGGAGGAGGAGAGGUAGCUCUGCACAAGCUUGGGAUCCACAUGAGGGUAGUGGUUUCGGUUGAGAUAGGUGAAGCUAGUAAGAAGAUUUUCAAAAGUUGGUGGGAUCAGACCCAGACAGGCACAUUGAUUGAGAUUACUGAUGUGAAAUCUCUCACAAAUGAUAGAGUUGCAUCACUUAUUAGUCAAUUUGGUGGCUUUGACUUGGUGAUUGGGGGCAGCCCAUGUAACAAUCUUGCCGGAAGCAACCAACACCACCGUGAUGGCUUGGAGGGCAAGCACUCAGCUUUGUUUUAUGACUAUGUCAGAAUCUUGAAUUUCGUCAAGUCGGCCAUGGGAGGACCCCCCAAAUUAUUGUUUGCUAGUGCCCUCAAUGUGGAAGAAGGUUUAAAUUUAAGGACAUUAUCACUAUCUGUGCACCCGAGGUUGAUGUCCCAAAUAAUGAUCUUGAGAAGCAGUUAUGUCUUUCAGGGAAAAGGUCGAAUCCCUGGAGGAAGUGAAGUAAAUUUCCUUGUGCCAUCUGUUGUUGUCUGUAUCAUAUGGAUAAUAUGCACAGGCAAGAUGCUGUUAUCCGUUUUACAUCAAAUGUGGGCGUCAAAGUUUUGUCUGGCUGCGGAGAGAUGCCUGGAGUUCCAUUACAGUGCAGUUGACGACUUCAAAUUAUUCAAGGAAAGCAUGGCGUACAAGGAUAUGUGGGCAUCCAAGUUUCAUCCAAUGGUGGAGAGAUGCCUCGAGUCGCAUUUGGUUGGUCGUCAACCCUGUCCUCGCGGGCAACCAGCUGAUGUAGACCUCUGA